AUGUUGGCAGCUGAGAGCCUUCAAGUCACCGACGUUGAAAGCAUUUUCUCUCUUACCAGAACUUACGAUACGGACUGGGUGGAAUUUCGAACUGCCUUCAAACUGUCGCAUGAUUCCAAGCAUAUUCUAAACAUCAUGGACACCUCGGUUUCCAACUCGGAUGGAAAGCAUGAAAUUGCAUUGCGGCUUCGUUUAGGGAUCCUUCUUACCGCUGUGCAUUCCACGUCCCCCGACCAAUGCGAUUCUAGGUUAACUCCGAUCCCCAUCUCGCCCAGAUGCCGAUUUUCCUUUGAGCCGGUCAUCUACAAGGGAGAAAAGCGCUGUUUACAAGGGUUACCUAGUUUUUCCCUUUGGUACGGUCCGUACGCUGAAAAGGAGUAUGCAGCCGCCAAUUUUGUCGUUGUGGAAACAAACAAAGACCAAUCUUCCGGCGGCAUACCCCAGGCUAUUGCCUAUAUGUGCAAGAUUCACCAUGCCAUUUUCGGUCUAUCGACCGACAAUGAACAGUUCCACUUUCUACGAAUCGAUAGUGGAGGACGAUGGUCCCGACAAGACCUGAAUUACAGUCGUCGUCAGGAAAUUGUCGAAACACUUGCCUAUAUCCAUAAACAAGCUUCUAUUUUAUCCACCCUUGAAGGAAACGAUGGUCCUAAGAAAUCUCGUUCACAGCGACGAACCGAAGACUGGUCAGUAUUUCGAGUGGACGAAAACAUGUGCUCGACCGAUGUAUCAGAGGAAGACGGCAAUGCAUCUGAUUAA